UCGCCAUGAAUUUGAAAGGCCUGCUACUAAUUGUAGCAGCGUACUGUUUUGGGAUUAUAACGAUGGGUACAUUCACGAUUUUCACAAAAAAUCGAGAAAAAAGUCCCGUAAUGUCGGCAAAACAGGCAAAAAAAGACGCUAUGACGACUGCUGACAUUCCCUUUACUCCAAGGGAUGGAUUCCAGAAUACAAACAGGAUGAGAUGCAACUGUUCUGUUGAGGGUGACAAGAUACUAAAGGUUAUGGAGACUGAAGAACCAAAGGAAACUGAAGGUCGACGUAAAGUAGAACUGCGAAAAUUUAAACGCAGAACCAAGUCUUCUAAAGAGACCCUAAUGAUCGUGGACGGAUCCGUUCCUCUCAGUUAUCCUGUACAAGGAGUGGUCGUUGCACCAGAAGAAUGGGAAGACAUCCCAGGUCUCAAGGUUGUGGAUAAUACCAUACGCAACGAGUAUCAGGUCAAACUUUCGUCAUCCGAACUUGGGGUGCUGACGAUCCGUGCCACUGUGCCCAAGGUUAAGGUUAACGGACUGAGCACGGCUACACUAACCAUUAUUAGCAGGUCUCUGGCCCAUCUCAACCGGCAGCUGGAGUUUGUGGUGUAUGUUAACACCGUGUUUGACAUAGAUGCAAGGGACUUUGUGCGCUUUGUUUACCUGCACCACGAAGCAAUUUUCCCUAUUAACAUUCGUGUAAGGAGGUCACCAAUACUCUAUGACCCCAGACCAGGUGACAUAAAUGACAAGGUUACAAUCCUCACCAAGACCUUCCUGAGGUACCCAUCAGUAAGAUUCCUCAUCCAAAGCAUCCAGACAUACUACCCCAAGAUGCGGAUAAUUGUAGCGGAUGACAAUAGACCUUUCGAAGACUUACAGUCAGAACAUGUAGAUCAUUAUAUCAUGCCUCACAAAUCGGGCUGGUUUGGUGGGAGAAACUUGGGAGUGUCUCAGGUGACCACGCCUUACCUAUUGUGGCUGGAUGAUGAUUACGUCUUUCAUGAAGAAACAAAACUGGAGGUAAUGGUGGACAUCUUAGACAACAGCAACUUGGACGUGGUUUCUGGAAUUCGUGGCAAAGUACCACUCUAUUUCACCAAGAUGGCGAUGAUCCCCGGGGAAGACGAUGAUGACGGUGUUUGUAUCUUACACGAGACACACAAGAAUUAUGGACAAGUACCAGGAUUUCCAGACUGCUUUUUCGCAACUCGGGUGAUGAACUUCUUCAUGGGCAGAACGGAUGGGAUCCGGUCUGUAGGGUUUUAUCCGGCGUACUCAAGAAAAGCAGACGAAGAAUUUUACCUGGAUGCAUUGGGAAAGCUCCGGAUGGCUGCUUGCAAGGGAGUUCAUGUCCACCACAACCGAACAUGGAGCAACGAGUACAACAAACACCGAUGGGGCCAAGAUAUUAAAAACUACCAUAAGAUGCAGGAUAGAAUAAUUUAUUUCAGGAGCAACGCAAACUGUUGGCAUUAUGUGUGAUAUGAAAUAUAAUGUUUAGUUACCUCCAUUAAAAAGGGAGGUAUUGUUUUUGUGCGUCUGUCUGUCUCUGUGUGUGUGUG